CGACUGUGCAAAUAUCAAUUAUAUACUCAGUGAAUUGCAGGGGAAAAACCCUAGUGCGUGUCCAUACGAAUGAAGAGAGGGGAGAAGGAUCCAACAAUCCAGCUUCAGCUUUGUUCAUUAAUUUCUUGUUCUUUAAUUUUUCUAGGAAAGAGAGUGUGAUCGACUAAAAAAAGGAAGCAAAAAUGAGGAUUAUGAUAAAAGGUGGAGUAUGGAAGAACACGGAGGACGAGAUCCUGAAGGCGGCGGUGAUGAAGUACGGGAAGAACCAGUGGGCUCGUAUCUCGUCUCUCCUAGUUCGUAAAUCAGCCAAGCAAUGCAAGGCCCGUUGGUACGAGUGGCUUGACCCCUCUAUCAAAAAGACUGAGUGGACCAGGGAAGAAGAUGAGAAACUUCUGCAUCUUGCCAAACUCAUGCCCACACAAUGGAGAACAAUUGCCCCAAUUGUUGGCCGGACUCCAUCUCAGUGCCUUGAACGGUAUGAGAAGCUCCUUGAUGCAGCAUGUGCCAAGGAUGAGAAUUAUGAACCUGGCGAUGACCCACGUAAAUUACGUCCUGGAGAGAUAGAUCCCAAUCCAGAAUCCAAACCUGCUCGUCCUGAUCCUGUGGAUAUGGAUGAAGAUGAGAAAGAGAUGCUUUCUGAAGCACGGGCACGGUUAGCCAAUACCAGGGGCAAGAAGGCAAAAAGGAAAGCUAGGGAAAAGCAACUCGAAGAGGCAAGGAGGCUAGCCUCAUUACAGAAAAGAAGAGAACUGAAGGCUGCUGGUAUUGACACUCGGCACAGGAAGAGGAAGAGAAGGGGAAUUGACUAUAAUGCUGAAAUCCCAUUUGAAAAGAAGCCUCCCCCGGGUUUUUAUGAUGUCGCCGAUGAAGAUCAGCCGGUUGAACUGAUUAAAUUUCCAACCACUAUUGAAGAACUGGAAGGUGAAAGAAGAGUUGAUAAGGAAGCACGAUUAAGAAAGCAGGAUGCUGCAAGAAAUAAAAUAGCAGAAAGGCAGGAUGCUCCAUCAGCGAUACUGCAAGCGAACAAGCUUAAUGAUCCAGAAACAGUCAGGAAGAGGUCUAAACUUAAUCUUCCUGCACCACAGAUUCCAGAUCAUGAAUUGGAGGCAAUUGCGAAGAUAGGCAUUGCUAGUGAUCUUGUGGGGAGUGAAGAACUCACUGAAGGGAAUGCAGCGACGCAUGCUCUUCUUGCAAGCUAUGCUCAAACACCUCGGCAGGGGAUGACUCCAUUAAGAACGCCUCAGAGAACUCCUGUAGGUAAGCAAGAUGCUGUUUUGAUGGAAGCUGAAAAUCAGCGGAGAUUGACUCUAUCUCAGACUCCUCUACUUGGGGGAGAGAAUCCUAUGUUGCACCCUUCAGACUUUUCCGGAGUAACUCCUAAGAAAAUGGAUGUUGCAACACCAAAUCCUUUAUUGACACCUUCGGCAACUCCUGGAAGCAUUACCCCUAGGGUUGACAUUACACCUUCUAGAGUCGGGUUUUUUGGAAUGACACCAAAAGGAACUCCUAUAAGGGACGAGCUUCAUAUUAAUGAAGACAUGGAUAUACAUGACAAUGGCAAGUUAAGACAAUCUGAUUCCAGAAAAGACCUGCUUUCUGGUUUGAAAAAUCUUCCACAACCCAAGAAUGAGUAUCAGAUCGUCAUUCAACCCGUUCCUGAAGACAAUGAAGAGCCAGAAGAGAAGAUUGAAGAAGAUAUGUCUGACAGGAUUGCUAGAGAGAAGGCUGUGGAGGAAGCACGGCAGCAAGCGCUACUUAAAAAAAGAUCAAAAGUACUGCAGAGGGAGCUCCCUAGACCUCCACCUGCUUCAGUGGACCUAAUCAGAAAUUCUUUGAUGAGAGCUGAUGAAGACAAGAGUUCCUUUGUUCCACCAACAUUGAUUGAGCACGCUGAUGAAAUGAUAAGAAAGGAACUUCUUCAUUUGCUAGAGCACGAUAAUGUAAAAUAUCCACUCGAAGAGAAAGCUGAUAAGGAGAAGAAAAAAGGCAUGAAACGAGGGAAAUCUGUAUCUGUGCCCGCUAUCGAAGAGUUUGAAGAAAUUGAUCUAAAUGAGGCUGAUAAUUUAGUGAAGGAUGAGGCACAAUUUCUUCGUGUGGCAAUGGGUCACGAGAAUGAAUCUCUUGAUGAAUUUGUUGAGGCUCACAGAACAUGCUUAAAUGAUAUAAUGUAUUUCCCUACUCGUAAUGGCUAUGGUCUAUCUAGUGUUGCCAGCAAUGUAGAAAAGCUUGCUGCCCUGCAGAACGAAUUUGAAAAUGUAAAGAAGAGAAUGGACGAUGAUACUAAAAAGGCACAACGUCUUGAGCAGAAGAUAAAAGUUCUUACUAACGGCUAUCAGAUACGAGCUGGAAAACUUUGGUCACAAAUUGAGGCAACCUACAAGGUGAUGGACACUGCAGGGACAGAACUUGAGUGCUUCCAAGUUUUGCAAAAGCAAGAGCAAUUAGCAGCGACACAAAGGAUUGGUAACCUCUGGGAUGAAGUUCAGAAACAGAAGAAUGUCGAACAAAUUUUACAGAAACGAUAUGGCGAGUUAUUAGAUAAGCAAGAAAGGGUUCAGCGUCUAAUGGAUGCAUACAGAGUACAAACAAAAGUACAGGAAGAAAUAGCUGCAAAGAACAGUGCUCUUGAGCUAGCUGCAACUGAGGUUGCUGUAAGUCAAACUGUUGCACCAGAUCUAGGAACUUCCAAUCUUGAAGCCACCACCAAGGAGGAAAACCCCAUACUGGAUGGUACAACUGAUGAAACAAGAAGCCAAUGGAUGGAUGCUGCACAAGAACAGGCCGAGCUGAGUCCAAAACACACAAUGGAUAUUGAUGCAGUGGAUGAGAAUACAACUUCAGCCACAGUUGACCUAAUCAUGCCAGAUCCUGUUGAAGAAACUUCUCUAGCCAGUGAUACACACGGGGAACCCAUAACAAAUGGUGAGGGCUUCGAUUCUGCUGGUAGUGUUCAGUUCUCCGUUAGUGAUGAAAAUCCAGCAACUGUGAAGUCCACCGAGACUUCUCUCGAUGAAAGAGAAAGCCUGCCUGAUGUAUUUGAUGAAAAUCCAGCAACUGCGAAGUCAACUGAAACUUCUCUCGACAAAAGCGAAAGCCUCCCUGAUGUAGUCGAUAUACCGGAGACAUUGAGUGAUGGCGCCAUCAAAGGGUCUGCUAAUGAUUACUUAACUGGAUGCGAAUUUAUAGCAAAGGAUACCGCAACAGAUGCGGCAGAAGAAAAUGUGACUGGCGAUGUUGUAAUUGAUCAAGCACACGAGGUUCAUGAAAGAGCUUAAGAUGGUUCAACCAACAGUGAUGCUUAGUCUACCAAAGUUCAGUGGAGACACUGAAAAUAGAAUGAAAAACUGCUGCCCUUUGGUUUGCAUUUCGGGUAACAGGUAACUAUGGGGAGAGUUGAUUGGUUUUAAAGGCACGUAUUUAGUGCUCUCUUGCUGGGACUUCUUGACUCAAUUGCCCAAUGACUGCCCCAAUUUUGGUGGUUGAUGUUUGUGUAAGACAUAAGCUCCCCUUGUAUGGGAUAAAACUAUCUUGGAGUUAUUUUCCUUUGAAAUUAUGAAGUGGAUAUGUGAGGAGACUAGCAUUGUCAAUGUACCGAUUAUGUUUUUGUUUAAAAUAAAAAAAAAAAAUGACAAUGAACUGGAA